AUGCCCAAGAUCUACUUCUCCAUUCACCAUAUCAAAUAUAAUGGAGAAACGACGUUGUUGAAUAACCCGUUAAAAGUUGAGAUUCCUCACGAUUUUGACCUCUUGCAAUCGCUGAAACAUUGCCUGUUUUCGCAUAAAAUUCUGCCUGAUUGUGAUCUGCAAUCAGUAACGUUUACGAAAAAUGGGCAUUUCCUGAUGAAUGAUGACAUUCCGAGCAACGGUGCCACAUACGAAGUUGAGGUCCGGGAUGAGAAGGAUGUUUGUUUGGUAGGUCAGAAAGAGCUGGUAAAUGUACUGAGUCCAAUAGAUUUACGGCUAGUAGAGUCAAGAGCUGGAAAAAAAUGUGAAACUUUUUUCGCAACAAAUUUGUUGUUUCUGCAGGAAACGAGCGAGGAUAGUGCCAAAAAUAUUUUUUUUCUGACCGCUCUCUACGUUUCGCAUGCUCUCUUUCACUAAAAAUCUUUGAAUAUUUUGGCUCUCCGUGUAAAGCGUGGGCUAGAACUGUCAGGAAUUGAUACAGCGGGUGGCCUGAUUCAGUGGCAAAAAGCGUACCAUUUUGCACCCGGCAAGUAUCAAAAAUGUGGCAAAAUGCUUCCCUCUCCAAGUGAAAAAACUCCGGUUUCAAAAGCGUGUCGGCUCUUUUUGUGAGGCCCUUCAGAACGAAGUUUUUUCGCUUAGAGAGUGAAGCAUUUUGCCACAUUUUUGAUGCUUCCCGGAUGCAGAAUGGUACUUUUUGGACACUGGAUGGGGUCCGUGACUGUAUAAGGGCAAUCCGGCUUUUUUUAGGACUGCCUUGUCGUUUUGAACAUCGAAGACCCUGUUAAUCAUGGCUAUAGGUUUCAAAAAGUGACCCUAUCGCGCAACUCGACCUUUCACGACCUCUUGCAAACCCUGACAACUCAAAAAAUACUAAAAUCCGUCAAGCACGUCAGCAUCUUCCAAAACGACAACGAAAAAAUCUUCAAUUUGAGCGAGAAAUGCAAGGAUCGAGGGUUCUACAGUGUUUCUUCGAAGAAUAUUUGUUCUGUAAGUUUGGAAAUUGCACUGUAAUUCUGUUUUUUACCUCGACAUUAAACCUUCAUCACGUAUUUUACCCCCGAAAAUGAAUAAAAAUCAAAAUUCAGGUCAUGUUCAACAUUGUUUUUGACAAGAAUCAACGCUUCUCACUUCUCUACGACUCGCCCUCGACCUCAAACGCAGUUGGGCAGGCGUUGGAUAGCACUGUGGAGAAGUAUCUUCCGAAUAUUGGGGUUUACAAUGUGGAGAAGUUGGUGAAAAGGAAGAAUAAUAAUACUACACAGUGCAGUGUGGUGGAUAAAGUGGCGCACGAAGCUGUUUAUGAGGUGUGGAUGGUAAAAGUGAGUGCUUCGAUUAACGACUUCCUUUUAUGAUGUUCUGUCUGUCUGUCGGGAAAAUAAUGUGGAUUUGCGCGACGGACCCACAUUAUUUUCCCGACACAAUGAUAUCAGUCUGUCGGAAAAAUAGUGGUCGAUCUGUCGCUGCGCAUGAAUUUAUUUUCCCGGAGGCGGCGCUAUUAAGCCUAGAAGUAUGACUUUGUCGUUUUUUGCGGCUGGUAAUUUCAACCGAAACAAAAAUUCCCGACAGAUUUUUUUACACAAGUCACGAUUAACGUAAGCUGCAAUGAGCGUUAGAUACAUCUUCGGCGUUUUUUCUCACAUUACACGUGCGGAAUAAAGUUCCCCGCAAACGACAUUGUCGUAAGACGAAGUUGGUCAUAUUGGAAGCUUUAUAAAAGCGAUUAUAUAUAUCCUUACUAUAUGAAACUUAGAUCAGUAAAUAGAUAGCAUUUUCAGCGUUCUUUCAGACUCUCUAAACAGAAGUUGCGAAAUUUUAUUUCAGGUGAAAAAUGAAAAACAAAAAAAACGCAAAGUCAUACUUCUAGACCCAAUAUUUUCGAUACCACAAGCACUCAUUAUUUUCUCGACAGACUCAUCUUAACCAGCGAUAGGCUGGUUGUGAGUCGCAAUGAGUUUUCUUGUUGCAAAGUUUGAAGGGAGGAUGUACGGUGCAAAUCUGCGCCUCUUUCCGAUGACCAGAAGUCCUUGUGCAGCAACUGCUGCUUGCAAAGUGCAUGGUGGAAAACUGUCCAAAGACUGAUAAUAAUAUUUUAUGCAUUGGCCAUCGAUUUGUCUUCUAUUUGACUCUCUUCUUCAGUCUGUAAUUAGCAUGCAUAUAACACUGCUUUCAGGCCAAAGUCACUUGUCACUGCCAAAUCUGGCUAAACGAUCGAUUUCACAAGGAAAUAAGUGUGACGUUGGAUCAGAAUACAAGUCUUUCACAACUUCCAGCUCACAUCCCAAUGGAUGGGAAUGUAAAGAUCUCAAAAAUCCAAUACUACUCCGAAAUUUUCGACGAAUUUGUCGACUACUUUCCUCAAGUCGACGAAUUAUUCGUCUACAACAAUGGAAGGUAUUGUUUACAAUUUACUGGAGCGGUGGAAAGCUUGCAUGAUGUAUCCUGA